CCCAUUGGGAGCAUAAUGGCAACUACGGACGUAUUCCCACCUUUUCAAAAUUUCUGUACUCGUAGAGAUUCUGGCGCGGAUCUUGCUCCUUGGAGAAAAACCUCUGAAGGCUCUGCCGCUGCAAUUAUUCGGUCCUUUGUUCAUGGAGAAAAUGGCGAACAAAACGCAAACCACUCUUUCAUUUGAAGCCUUUUUUGAAAAUGAGAGACAUAACUGAGCCCCAGAAGUUUCUAUCUUUUGCAAGCGUUUCUCUAUUUUCAAAUGGAGAUUCAAAGGAAUCAAAAGCAAAUUCACUGCCCUGAAAAUGAAGCCCUUGCCUCGUACAUGUGGAAUAAGAGGCAAGAAAUGACUGAGGCCAAGGGACUUUCGGAACACAUAGAUAUGACGCUUUACAAAGCUUAUUGCAGUGUCUGCAGCUCGAAAGCUCCUAUCAAGACUCUUAAGGAGUUCUCUCAGAUCAAGGGUGUGGGAAAAUGGAUUCUGAGGCUCAUGAAAGGGUUUUUCGAGAGCGAUGUGGUUGUUUCUGAUGUGGGUACUUCUGAACCUGAGGACUUGACGCAGGAUGGGAAGAAAAUUAAAGGAACCAGACGUUAUGUACCACAGAAGAAUUCAGCGGCAUAUGCGUUAUUGAUUACCCUUUACAGGGCACAAGCAAAUGGGAGUGAAUUUAUGCGCAAACAGGAGCUUAUUGAUGCUGCUGGAGAAAGCGGACUUUCACGGGGGCCAAUUGCGGCAGAAAAAGGGAGGGGAAAAGCUAAUCCUUUUGGAGGCUCGCCAAAGGAAUGGUAUACUGGAUGGAACUCCAUGCAGACAUUGAUAAGAAAGGGUUUAGUUGUGCGAUCGAGUAAUCCAGCAAAGUACAUGCUAACUCAAGAAGGCAAGGAAGCAGCAUGUGAAUGCCUCUCAAGGUCUGGUUUAGUGGAUGGAUUUCCAAAUAAAGAUGACAGUACAUCAGAUAUGGGGUUUCCUCAUUCUAAAUCAGCUGCUAAAGAGGUCCAAUCACUAUCUGUUGAUUUGAGUAGCCAAAAGAAAUCAAGUGACAUCCCAUUUGAAUUAUGUGAUCAGGAAUUGGUUUGUUCUACUUCAAUAAAAGUUUCGGAAGUAGCUUGGAAGGAUACUUCAUCUCAUCCUAUUGCUUUACAUCACCAUAGAGAAAAAGUUUAUCCUUUGCAUUUGGAGUUCAAACAAAAUAUUGGAAACGGUUGUCUUGCAACAUCAGGUGCUUAUACCUUAACAAAUUCUGGUCAGGUAGAUUUUGUUAGAAGAGAGAAUAACCAGAGAACUUUUGCUUCUGCUGGUGCACAGUGUGGUUCAGAGUCUUCAUGUUCAACUGAAUCAGCUAAUUAUUCCUUUAACUUGAAAGCUUGCUCAUCGUUGGAACACCCCAUCACCAAGUCAAAAUCUGAAGAUUUUGAAGCCAGUGCAACUACUUUAGCAAUGCCCCCUCUCAGAUUUGGGGAGAGGUUUGGGGAUGUUUAUGAUGUAGUCUUGAUAUUGGAUGAUCGGGAACAAUUUACUGGUCACAGGUCUCGAUGUAGGAAAUUUGUUGAAAGCUUAAGCACUCAAUUCAAAAUUCAAGUAGAGGUCAGAAGAUUACCUGUUGGAGAUGCAAUAUGGAUAGCUCGGCACAAACAUCUUGACACUGAAUAUGUACUUGACUUUAUUGUAGAGAGGAAGGAUGUUGAUGAUUUACGUCAAUCAAUCAGAGAUAACCGCUAUAGAGAUCAGAAACUAAGGCUUCUGAGAUGUGGGCUUAAAAAGCUGAUAUAUCUGGUCGAAGGUGACCCAAAUUCUUCUGAAGCUGCUGAAAGCAUUAAAACAGCUUGCUUCACAACCGAGAUUCUGGAAGGAUUUGAUGUGCAGAGAACGAGUGGCCUGUCUGAUACAGUUAGAAAAUAUGGUUUUCUCACACAAGCAAUAACAAAUUAUUACGGAACAGAGUUUUCGGAUGACAAGGUUAAAAACACCAUCUGCCCUUCUUUUGAUGAGUUUAUCAAAAAGUGUCAAAACCUUGACAAAAUGACUGUCAGUGACGUAUUUGCAGUCCAACUGAUGCAGGUCCCGCAGGUAACAGAGGAGGUUGCUGUUGCUGUACUGGAUUUGUAUCCAACGCUUUUAUCACUUGCUCAAGCAUAUUCUCAUCUUGAUGGUGAUGUUAGUGCUCAAGAAGAGAUGCUGAGAAAGAAGAGUAACAACCUGAUCAAUGGACUUGCUAGUAGGAACAUCUUCCGACUAGUUUGGGGUGGUUGAUGGAUUGUACAUAUUAUCGACACAAGAAAGAUGACCGUACAUGGUGCAUUUUGAUGGUUAAGAGUAAAAUUCCUUUUUGUUUUUGUUUCCUCUACAGUGCAUCAUGCAAGAAAGAAUUCCAAAUGAUGUAAUUUCACUUUGAUGUUAAGACAUCUGUAUAUAAUUUUAACUUUUGCAUUUUAAUGUUAAUAUGUUACUAGUUCUUCCA